UUGUUUCGGCUAGAGUUUUCUAGGCAAAAUUAUAGGUGUGAACUGGUGGUUAUUUGUGGUUCUUUUCAGUUUAUUGUGCUUUAAAAAGUGUUCAAAGUUCUUUUUUUCUCGCCCAACAAUUGCUAGUUGGGGAAAAAAGGGGUCUAAAUUGAAUGCAAUUUUGGUGCUUGAAAAUGGGUUUUAAUAAGUUUCAGUACUGUUGCUAGUUGUGUUUCAAUUUCUGAGUUCUGAAAAGGCUUGAGAGAGUACUCAUAAUCAUGGAAUCUGCUGUUACUUUCGGGGUUUCGCCUUGUUUCGGUAUAAAUUCGAAGCCAAAGGCGAAGCAUCGUUUUCGAGUGAGAGCCGAGAGGGUAGUCGGUGAUAAUUUAUCAGUGCAUUCAUCUGAUGGGGUGUCAGUGAAUGGAGGAAGUGUUUCUGCAAUGGAAGAGAAGGAGAAAAAAAGGUCAUUUCUUGAUGGUGGGAAUGGGAGUUUAAAUUUAAAGCCUAGGACUGAGAAAAAAUUGGUGACACAAAGGGUGGUUUCUAAAGAAUUGGAAGUGUUGUGGGAUGAUGGUUAUGGAACAAAUACUGUGAAAGAUUAUCUUUAUGCUGCGGUGGAUAUGAUCAAGCCCGAUGGCGGACCGCCGCGGUGGUUCUGCCCCCUCGAGUGCGGUCGGCCUAUAAAAGAUUCUCCCGUGCUUCUGUUUUUACCUGGGCUUGAUGGUGUUGGGAUGGGCCUCAUCUUGCACCAUAAAGCUCUUGGAAAGGUUUUUAAAGUUCAGUGCCUUCAUAUUCCAGUCCAAGAUCGAACACCUUUUGAAGGACUGGUGAAACUUGUUGAAGAAACAAUUAGACAUGAGCAUGCUUCGCGUCCGAAUAGUCCGAUAUAUUUGGUGGGAGAUUCCUUUGGAGGAUGUUUAGCGCUUGUUGUUGCUGCUCGGAAUCCGACCAUAGACUUAGUGGUGAUAUUAGCUAACCCUGCUACAUCAUUUGGCAGGUCACAGUUGCAACCAUUGUUCCCUAUAUUGGAAUCUGUCCCUGAUGAACUCCAUGUUACCAUCCCCUAUCUUCUGAGCCUUGUAAUGGGUGAUCCGGUGAAAAUGGCUUCUGUCGGUAUUGAAAGUAGACUUUCACCGAUGCAGAAAAUGAAACAGUUGUCCAACAACCUCACUGCAAUGCUCCCUCUCCUUUCUGGUAUGGCCAACAUUAUGCCAAAGGAGACUCUCGCGUGGAAGUUGAAGUUGCUUAAAUCGGCUUCUGCUUAUGCUAAUUCGCGACUCCAUGCUGUUAAAGCCGAAGUACUAGUGCUCGCAAGUGACAAGGACAAUAUGCUCCCUAGUCAAGACGAGGCUCAACGUCUUAAAAGCUCAUUAUCGAAUUGCAUUGUCCGUCGCUUCAAGGACAAUGGACAUACCCUUUUACUAGAAGAGAGCUUGAAUUUACUGACUGUCAUUAAAGGUACUUGCAAGUACCGGCAUUCCAGGAAGCAUGAUUUUAUUUCGGAUUUCUUGCCUCCCAGCAUGUGGGAAUACAGAUAUGGAUUUGAUGUAGUAUCCGGAUACCUACGAUUCGCUUCUGGUGCGGCCAUGUUCUCUACCAUGGAAGAUGGAAAGAUCGUGCAAGGACUUGCAGGGGUUCCAAAUGAAGGUCCUGUGUUGUUAGUCGGUUACCAUAUGUUAAUGGGACUCGAACUUUCUUGCCUUGUCGAUGCCUUCUUACGAGAGAAGAAGAUUAUGGUCCGCGGAAUAGCACAUCCAGAGUUGUUUUGGGGCAAAUUGCAAACUUCGUCCGAUGAGUUUGCUUUCGCCGAUUGGGUUAAAGUCAUGGGUGCAUUGCCUGUAUCAGCGAACUAUCUGUUCAAGGCUUUGUCUACGAAAUCACAUGUUCUUCUUUAUCCCGGUGGCGCCCGCGAGGCACUCCAUUAUAAGGGUGAACAAUACAAAUUAUUCUGGCCAGAUCAACCUGAAUUUGUUAGAAUGGCGGCACGAUUCGGGGCCACAAUCGUACCUUUUGGGACUGUGGGAGAAGAUGAUAUAGCAGAACUGGUUCUUGAUUACAAUGACUGGAUGAAAAUCCCCGUGAUUAAUGAGAGAAUAAAAGAAUCCAUUCGAGACGGUAUAAGAAUAAGGGAUGAAACAAAGGGAGAGGUUGCCAACCAACAGCUUUUUAUUCCGGGGAUGUUACCAAAGGUUCCGGGUCGUUUUUACUAUCUGUUUGGAAAGCCGAUAACGUUGAAGGGAAGGGAAGAUUUGCUUAACAACAGAGAAGAAGCAAAUAAAUUGUAUCUGCAGGUAAAAUCAGGAGUUGAACAAUGUAUAGAUUACUUGCUGAAGAAGCGAGAGGAGGAUCCGUAUCGGAGUAUAAUCGAUCGGACAAUCUACGGAGCACUCUACUCUUCUGCGGAUCAAGCUCCAACUUUCAAGCCUUGAAGAAAAGGAAAAUUACUCAAGCAUAUGCAUCUUUGAUUCUAUUGUGAGCUUAUUUUUGUAACAAAAUGCAUAGUUUAUGCACUGUCGCCAUUGCCAAUCUUGUGCAACACUAUCUCACAGAGCUGCAAACACAAUGAAAA